AUGCUACAACCGAAACACAUAUCCCAGACAAUCUCGCAAGUGCUUUCUCCACAUGGGCUUGGUCCAAUCUCUGUAUCCCUCUUGUCAAGCAAGGGCCUCCCGUUGUCCACAGUUUCCGUUCUGAACUUGGACAUAUCGUCAGAUAACUUGAAAGUGUUCUCUUUGUUGGCCAUCAAUGCAUUUCACCAGCAGCCAAAGGCCAAAAACCCGGAUUUGGAUGACUGGGUGGUCAUGGACGUGGAUGGGAAUCUUAGGUCGAUGGUGAAGCGAUUCUCCACCGAGAAGGGGACCAAAAACCAGUUAUACGUGGUGAUAUUUUACUUUAGCAACUACGAGGACGCAUUGGCAAAGGCACAGAUUGAUGCGCUUGCAGGGACAUUGGAAAAGGAACUUCAGGGCUACGUGGCAGCGUAA